AUGCCGUCCAAAUUCGCAAAAGUCCAGAAACAAGUGUCCAAGAAGAAGGGUGGUGCUCUGGCUCUGCAUGAGAACAGUCGUGACGCUCUCCGUCUGCGUAGCGCUGUUGCAAGAGAUGACCGUGUUGCACGUUUGGGCGCUGUGCGUGAGAAGCUGAACGAUGACGAGGUCCCUGCUGACCCGCUGCGUCCUUUGACCGACACCGAGGUGCACGAUGUCAUUGCCAGAUAUCUGAGCCGUGAAGACGAGGCCCUGGCCGCUCUCAAGGCCGAACGCCGUCCAGGACGCCCCAAGAGUACCAAGCAGAAUAUACUAGAGCAGCAACAGGACCAGGAACAGAAAGAGUACGAGUCCGGACUCUGGAUCCCCGACAUGCAGAACGAGGCUACCCUUACCAAACUACGCAAUUGGAAGGGUGAGUGGAUUGCCCUGAGCCCUCUUACCUACGUACGAGUCGACAAGGCUGGCAGCAAGAAGGAGAGUGCUUUCCCACCCAAAGGCGCUGCUUGA